GAAAUUUAUGGCUUCUCAAUUCAUUCGAUUUAAUUGAAACAUGAAACAUUUUAGCGUUUUAAAAGAAUAUUUGCCAGUAAGACCAGCGUGUUUACAGACAAUCACAGAUGGUGAAUAUUAACCAGCCAUGCGUAACAGGUAUAUUGAUGCAGUUCAGUUACAUUGAUGGAAUCGUCUGCAGUCCUUGUUGUGCAUCAGCAUGUCCAGUACACCUAAGAAUAAUCCACAAGUUGUAGGAAAAGUUUCGUGAAUCUUAUUCACAGCAAGUGUCCACUGCUGGUUUACAUAUCAUGGAAGUAGACACCAUCUUCUUUCUCUUGUAAGGUGUUUGGAAAGAAAUGGAUCAUUCUCAAUAAAGUUUCUGAAAGUAUAAACUCUGUUGAAGUGGAAAGAAUAAUAAUAAUAUAUCACAGAACUGAAAUUUUUGCAUAUCAUUUGAAAUUUGAGAAAUGAACAGUGAUAUUGGUGGGAUUGAUUCAUUGUGCAAUGACAGUUUUAAGACUGACUGUUCAAACAAAGUUGUGCUUUCUAAAUCUGUGGCCAUGCAAGUCCAGAAUGGUAAAUGUAUCGUGGACCAUCAGAAUAACAGUUUUGCUGCAUUGUCUCAGCAAGCGAUUAAUCAAGGUCAUGUUGGAUCCGGUGAGUGUGACCAGCUCUUAAGUAGUGGAAAAGAAAAUUCUGUGCAUGGUACUGAAUCUGUCUCAAAUACAGCUAUCAAUCAUUCUACAUGUGCUUCUGAUGAAGGAUCGGAUGUUGCUUCUAGCCAAGAUGUUUAUGACAAAAAUUCCUGGAUUUUAUACGGUGAUUCACAAGUUUCAGCAAAGAAUUCCUGGGUUUUGUACGGCAAUUCUCAGUCGCCACCUAUUGACAAGUCUAGGGGUGUGGCGAAUGUGAUACAAAAUGAUAAUAUUUCAUUGGUUAGCACUAAUGUCGAGGAGAGACUCGAUACCUUUGAUGGAAAUGUUACAGACAGUGUAUCGCAGCUGAUGACCAGAGAUAAAGAAUCCGCCUAUGAAGAUCAAUUUAGCGAGUCCCGACCUCAUGCUUGCUCUGUGUGCUGCAAGCGGUUUAAGCUAUCCCACCACCUGAAAGAACACAUGAGAAUUCAUACGGGAGAAAAACCAUUCCCCUGUUCAAUUUGUGGUGAGAAAUUUUCCCGAAGCCAUCUCCUGCGAGCACACCAAGCGAGACAUGCACAGGAGUCAUUUCCUUCGGUGGGGACGAUAUUUCCUUGCAGCAAGUGUAUGAAGAUAUUUGAAAGUCCACAGCACCUUGCGAGACACGAGAAGAAUCACAAACAGUUGAAGAUACUCAAGUGUGAUGUGUGUAAUAAACAGUUUACACAUCAGGUAUUGUUAAAUAGGCACAAGCUACAACAUGCAACCUCGAAUUCUGAUAGUGCGGGAAAAUGUCCAGAAGUGGUGAUAAAACAAGAAUUGGAUGAUAAGGAUUCACCUGACUUGGAUCUUCCAAAGGAUGAAAGUCCUGAUGGGUGUAAAAAAGACUUGCAGGAUUCUAGAAAUGUGUGCGUUUCCUCACACAGUGAACAAGUGAUCACUAAGGAAAAUAAACCACAGAGUAACAGUGUGUCAGAUGAUGAGCGCAAAAUCAAAUCAACAGAAAACAAACCACCUGUUUCUUCUGACAAAAAGGCAGUGUUUGAUCAAGGCUCCUGGGUUUUGUAUGGCGAAGACCGUAAUGCCAAAAGAGUAACAGCAAAAGAGGAACCACCACACAUGGAUACUACAGAAUCAGACAGAAGUACACCUUCAGUUUACAAGGGUAUUGACCUGGCUAAGCUUCAUGAGUUGUACCUGGCAACCAAUCGAUCUCUUUUUAACAGAAAUGGGUUAAUGUCGCCCUUCUAUGGUAUGUUUGGCUUCCACAGGCAUGCCUUGAUGUCGCUGAUUGACCAGACUGCCAUGAACAACAGCUCUUCCCCUCUGUCGUAUAACACAGGACAGAACUUCAAGAGUGACUCACCAUUGGAGGGUGGAUCCAGGCCUCACCAGUGUCCUCACUGUUCUAAAAGAUUCAAGCUGUCGCAUCAUCUGCGCGAACACCUCCGCAUUCACACGGGAGAAAAACCAUAUCAGUGUGACGUCUGCCACGAACGCUUUUCACGGUCACACCUGUUGCAGAGACACAAGACAAAGCAUGUUUCUGAUUACGCUUUCAAUCAAGUUACCGACUGGAUUGAAAAAACUAGCACAAACUGCUGUGAUUAUGAUGAAAUGAGUGACCAUAUCUCUAUGCCGUAUGAUGACAAACCUGGAACCGAAAGCAUUACAGAUGUAUGCAUAGACAAACCUGCUACUGUUAUAAGUAGUUCUAUGACCAGUGAGCUAACCAGUAUUCCGAAUUACAAUUCCCAUUGCAGUGGUCACAAGCAGAAGGAAGAGAGUGUGAUAUACACAUCUGAUUUAGGAUCUGAACAAGUCCUAAAACUGGGUGAUGAGCAGAAGGCCCAGCGUGAACACAAGGAGAAUACGACGUCGGGAUCUGAACCUCCUCAGUCAUAUCAGUGUAUUAACAAUGCAGGUGAUAAAGCUGUAUCUACCUCUCCUGGAAUAAACAUUACAGCUGAUUCCACUGUCAGAAUCUCAGGAAUAGACUCUACAUCAGAUUCCAUUGAGUCUCAUUCCAGUGUGGGAAUCUCAGGAGCAUUCCAAAAAUCCAUUUGUACUGGGAUCUCGGAAACUGAUCACAAGUCCAGUUUUGCUGAUGCUGGUCUUUCUGUUGGUAACAAGUCUGAUAUCAUGGAUGGUGUCUCAGCAAUGGAGUCAGGGAAUGACGAACCAGAAUGUACGUCAGAAUCUUUCUUGAGGGUCUCGAAGAGAAAUCUAAGGUCCAAUUCAAUUGUUAGAUUCUCAGGAAAAGAUUCCUCAUCUGAUUCCAUGGACACACUGUUAGAAAUGGAUCAACAACCUGAUUCUAUGGGUAAGUCAGGUUCAUUCUCUACUAACAGUUACACCUACAAUCAACAAAACCACAGUGAUGGUGAAAGACACACAACAGGAUCUAAUGGAUACAUAUCUAAGCAAACUGGAGAAUCUCCCAACCGACAGAAACAGGGUAAUGAUGAACAAGAUACUAAAAUGUUUUAUGCAGUAAAAAGCAAGCCAAGGGAUGAACAUUUAGUACAUUCAGGGGUAAAAUUAGAAACCAGCUUGCCUGUGUCUGUUCAGACAAAAGCAUCUUCAGAGUUACCGGUACCAAACUGUACCUCCACCUUUCAACUGAAUCAGUCUCUCCUUAACAAUAACAUAAACAUGUUCAAUAUGGAAUAUUUAAACUACGCACAAAACGUACAUCAAGCAAUAGCUUCAGGUGGAUUUCGGGGUUACCACGAUGGCGAUUCUCUUCCUCUUGACAUUCCUCUUGACAUUCCACCUGGUGAUCUGCAUCAGGACGCGUUUCUCUCCCCGUUGGAAUACAGCAACGUCUUUAGAUCAAGACAAGGUGGUUUCAUGAGGUGUGAGCUUUGUGGUAAACUGUUUGCGGACAUGAAUAACCUGAGACAGCACAUGGUGUCGCAUUCUAUGGACCGUCAGUUCAGCUGCCACCUGUGUGAGAAGAAAUUCAAACGUCCACACCACUUGAAGGAACACAUGAGAAUUCAUACGGGGGAAAAGCCCUAUGUGUGCGACAUCUGUGAUGAGAAGUUUUCCAGGUCACACAUACUGCAGCGUCACAGGAUGAAACACAAUGCUCCUAUGCUGAAUGAUUCUUACGUUCAGAAUAUUCUCCACAACAUUUGUAAGCAGAAUCGUCGUACUAGAAGUCCAGAGUUUGUGUACGAUAAAUUUUCUUCUCAGGAUGCGGGACAGGGUGAUUCGGCACCUAUUCCAGCUAGUAGUGACUCUGACUCUGACAGUAAGCCUCCAUCUCGAGCUCCAGCAGCUGCAAACGAAUCGGAUGUGACAGAUUGUGAUGUGAGAAAUGUCAAAAGAUGGCAUGCGUUCGACAAGGGUUAUUCACAAGACUUCAGUAAAAGUGUUCUGCAGACGUUUGUUUGCAGGGAAUGUGGCAAGAGGUUUGCGAACUCGAGCAACCUGAAGCAGCACAUGGUGUCUCAUUUCCCUGACCGCCUGUUCCCAUGCUCCGUCUGCAACAAGAAGUUCAAGCGACCACACCACCUGAAGGAACACUCUAGAACACACACCGGGGAGAAGCCAUUUGAGUGCAGCAGAUGUGGCGAGAGGUUCCAGCGGUCCCACCUUUUGAUGAAACACAAAGAGAAGCAUCACUCGCAGUAUGCCUACUCCGUGGAUUUCUCAGCAGGAGCUGGAGCAAGAGCAGGUCCGUCUGCUGUCAGAGUCAAUGGGUACCUCAAUAAACAGAAAACUGAUCCACAUGAAGUGGCCAUGCUUCCAGAUGCAGAUAAGAGCACCGGUAUUCUCAGUCACAGUGAGACUCACAAGACAGAUGAUGCAGAUUCUGACAAAGAGGAUCUGAGUGGCGGAGAGGGUGCAUUCUGCAACAUCUGCAAUAAAGAAUUUCCAUCAGAAAUACUACUGACGGUCCACAAGCGGACUCAUCCAGGGGAUAGACCACAUCAGUGUGGCCAUUGUGGAAAACAGUUCGCUUUGCAAUAUCUUUUGGAAGUCCAUGAAAAAUCAUGCAGUCAGGUGUAAUUACUGCAGCAAUUGUGGCAAAUAGCUUGUGUGGCAAAUAGUUCGUUUGGCAAUAUCUUUUGGAAGUCCACGAAAAACCAUGCAGUUAUUAAAUGUAAUAUGUAUGAUGAGCAAUUAAUCAAAGUUGUCGCAAUACUAUGUAGGUUCUUGUGGUAUUUAUCACAUGUAUUAUCAAAAUAGUUUUUGGUUGUUACUGUGACACAAUAUAUGCAGUGACAUGUUAUAUGGAUUAGUAUUAACAUUUAGUUCUUUGAACCAAUUUAUAGUUACUACUCUGUAUGUGUACAUGUAUUUUGAAGAACAAUGAAUUUAUUUGAGGUAUAGUUAAACAUAUCAUGUGGAGGAUGUUUGAAACAUUCAUUUCUUAUUUGUGAACGAGUUGAUUUUAUCAUUGAUGAAAAUAUUUGCUUUGAUAUCAGGGUGUCAGAUUUAUAGGACACUUUUUUGCUUCUUUUUUUUCGGGGUGGGGGAUGCUCUGUGAUAAUUAAAACCCAUUGGAUUUUGUUUUGGUAAGGGGCGGGACGUUGCCCAGUGGUAAAGCACUCGCUCGAUGUGCGUCAGUCUGGGAUCGAUCCCCGUCAGAGUAUUUCUCGUUCCAGCCAGUGCACCACGACUGGU